AUUGACAUAUCGACGCACAACAAAAAAGACGCAUCGAGACGAUGGAGACGAUGUCGUAGAGUUUUCUUCAGUUGAUUUAGUUUUUCUUUUGAUUUAUUUUUUUCAUUUGUUUAGAAGUUUUGUUUCUUAUUGUGUUGGCCACAAAUAACAUCGUCAUAAACAGUGUUUUGUGCUCUAGUGAAUUUACUGAUUGUGUUUGUCGUAUUGUUGGUCGAUUUCGAAAAAUGCCGAAAACUUCUAGCUCACCAUCUGAAGAAGCUGUUGCUUCAACAUCACCAAAACACUCUCCAUCAACUGCAAUAACAGAAAAUCAUAGUGAUCUGGAAUCGCCAUCUGAAUUUUGUCUGCGUUGGAACAACUAUCAACUGAACCUGUUGAGUGUAUUUGAGCAACUUUUGGAAAAGCAACUGUUUGUGGACGUUACGCUUUGCUGUGAGGGUGGUUACUCAGUCAAAGCCCACAAAAUCGUGUUAUCGGCAUGCAGUCCGUAUUUUCAAGCAUUAUUCAAUGACACACCGUGCGAUCAUCCGAUUAUUAUACUGAAAGAUGUUCAGUGGUCGGAUUUGAAAUCAAUACUCUCGUUCAUGUAUAAAGGAGAAAUUCAUGUCAGUCAAGAUCAGAUUGGCCCUCUGCUCAAAUUGGCGGAACUAUUGAAAAUCAGAGGAUUGUCUGAAGAGCAAACAGAUGGACGGGAAUUACUAUCGCACAAGGUCAAUGAAGUACCGACUGAAUCUAAAUUGACAAAAUCGCAGAUGCUGCCGAAAUGUGAGGUUGAAAGGAAGAAGAGAACUGCAAAAUCAUAUUCAGUAGACUCUUUGAGCAAGCGAAUCAAAGUGGAAGAGAGAAGUGGUCGAGAUGACGAAUCCAUCGGGUCAGAGGAGAAUAUGAUAGACUCUUGUCAACCAUGGCUGAGUGGUACUCCAACAUCAGUAAAUGAAUACGAAAGUGAUGCCGUCAAAAUGGAAAACAAUAACAAAAAUUCUACCAUAACAAACUAUAUGAAACUAAAAGCACCAACUUGGACACCAACUCAACUGCGAGACGCAAUUAAUUCCGUCGUCACUCAAGAGCUACGAUUCACUCAGGCGUCCAUUCAGUACAACAUUCCUAAAGGCACACUCUACGAUAACAUUCUCGGCAAAUCGAAUCGUAUGCAAAUACUCGACGAGGCUGGUCUAAACGAAGAAGACGAAAUGACAAUACUGGAGUUUUGCUGUGACAUAUCCACAUCGCCGUACAAUCGCCGCACCAAGAAACCACUGUCCAAAAUAAUGGAGUACAUGCUGGAUUCGAUGAAUUUGAAAUUUCCGCACGAUACAAGAUUCGGUUUUCGCUGGUGGUGGGCUUUUUGUAAGAAAUAUUCGAUCAGUUCGUUGUAUUACGGUAAUAACAAUGCAGACGUUUGAAUUUAUCGGACGGGCGGUUUGUGAUUCGAUGAUUGUUUAAUGUUGAGAUCUAAGAUGUUUUUUUUUAACUUUAACUCAUUCGCAUUUGUAACUGUAAAACACGGGACUUUAAAGAUGACGUCCAGUCAUUUUUUUAUUGGGUCAUUUAAACCUACAAAUUUAUUGCUUGACUUGAAAGUUUUAAGUCAAUAAACACUCAUUGAAUUGAAAUUUCGUUAUCGCUUCAAUCGUAACUUCUUCCACAUCUCAAUAACUUUGACUGGACGCUAGUUGAAAUUUUGUUGAAACUUGGCCAAUUAUUGUAAUAAUUUCAAAUUUUAUUGAAAGAAAACGUUUAAGUAAACCCAUUCCAUUUGUAAGACAUUUUAUAUUUGAAUUUUACGAUUAAGUUGAAAAUAAAUUUUUAUAAAAA